UGGUAAAAAUAGGGCUGUUAAUGGAGUAUUAUACUCUGGAGUUACAACCACUUCAUCCCAGUGUAGUUUAUAUAUUACACUACUCAAGAUCAUUGUAAAAUGUUGGGAGACUUGUAAUGGAAUCCCAGUA